AUGGCAUCCAACAGCAUCCCCCAGAUCACCCUCUUCCGCGGAUUCGGAGAACCAGGAACAUUUACAUGGUCUCCCUUUGUCAUCAAGCUCGAAACACGUCUACGCUUCGCCGGAAUCCCAUACAAAGUCGGCGGAGGUUCACCAAAGACUGGACCGCGGGGAAAGAUUCCCUACGUCGAGCUCGAUACCCAAGAGCGCCUAGGUGACUCGACCUUUAUCAUCAAGCGCUUCAUCGAGGAUGGCAUCGUGGAGGAUUUGAACGCUAAGCUUUCGCCUGUUCAGAAGGCGACUGAUCUUGCUUUUAGAGCUCUUGUUGAGGAUAAGGUGUCGUUUUAUGGAACGCGCGAGAGGUGGUGCGACAACUACUAUACCAUGAGGUCCAACGCUCUGGCUCCCAUCCCGUGGCCUCUUCAGGCUCUUGUUGGUCUUCUCGUGCAUCGAAAUGUCACCAAGGCGCUUUGGGGGCAAGGUACAGGACGUUUUACGGAUGAUGAAGUCGCAACUCUGAGGGAGGAAGUUUGGGAGAGUAUCGAUGCCCUCAUAUCUGAGGCGAGAACGAGUGCGAGUCGGGAUGGGCCGUUUUGGGCUCUUGGGGGUGAAGAGCCUUCGGAAGUUGAUGCGACGCUUUUUGCAUUCAUCGCUUCGGCUUUGACGUGUGAUGCUUCACCGACGAGUGGAAAGGUCGUGAGGCAGUAUCCGGCUCUUCUUGAGUAUGCAGGGAGGAUACAGGAAAAGUAUUUUCCGGAUUAUAAGGGAUGGGAUUAG